AUGAAUUUCUUAAACGUCAUUCCACAAGGACAUGAAAAAGCAUUAAAACAAGCAUUUUAUAAUGCUGUCGCAAUGUUUGUUUUGGUAUUGUGUGCUGCUGCCGGAUGGGCUUUAUAUUUUAUUUUGGAGCCCUUUGUAAAACCUUUGCUUUGGGCUUUACUCAUCGGUUCUGUUCUUCAUCCAUUUAAAUACUCUCUCGCUGAACGUUUUGAAACAUGGUUUCAUCAAUUCAAUGCAUCUUCAACACCAAUUUUUUUAGAAUUUUUUAUGGUGCCCAUUCGAUUAAUCGACCGAAUAUCAGAAUUGAUUGGUAAUGCAUUGGUGACAAAUUUUAAAAUUUUACUAACUGCAGGAAUUGGAAUGCUAUUAUUUUUUUUCUUAUUUUUUUACACUCCAUGCAUUACCUUAAUGGGAUAUAUUUGGUAUAUAAAUAAUUAUGUUUUGCUUCUUAUCAUGCAUUACCUUACUAUACACGUUUUUUUAAUUUUUUUAAUUUUAUAUGCAACAAUAUUAAUUUUUUAUUGGAAUAAUGAAAAUAAGCAAUUAUUAUCUGUAGUAUCAUAUGGUAUUUGGUUUUUCAUUUCGUUAUUUGUCGCCAAAAUAUUUGGCGUUCUUCAAAUUCCAUUGUUUUUAAUUAUAUUAUUCGCAUUGUCUUUCGGUUUUGCUUUCGAAGUAUUCAUGAUGAUAUCAUUGUCAUGUGAGAAAAUUUCAUAUUGGAGAGCAGUUGAAAAUGUUUUUAAAGGAAAUUCUCCUGGAUAUACAGGUGAUAAGGAUUCUACUGAAAAACAAACUGAUGAUUUACAUUUUAACCAAAAGGAUGAAACCAAAUCUGAUGUUAAUAAAAAAACUGAAGAAACAAAUGUCAAAAAAAAUGAAGGGAAAACAUUUGCUAGCAAACCAUGUUUGGUGAGAUCUUCAUCGGAUUUUUUAAACAAAUUAGAUUUAUAUGCAGCAUUGGAACAAAAAUUAAAAUUAAACACUUUGAGACUUGAUGGUGCUGAAAAAGGAAGUAACAAUGAAAAUAGCUUUAAUUUUAUAUACGGAGUAAUCUGGGCAUGUUUUUUAAUGAUCAUUUGGAAAAAUGUUUGGAUUAUUCACAUUUUACCCAUUCCAUUCGCCAUAUAUUUUAUCAAACAUUUAGGCAUUUAUUUCGGUAUUUGGAAUUUAAUUAAUUCGCAAAUGCUUUCCAUGUGGAAUAAUAUGUUUCCAUUUUUAAAAAUGAGGGAAUUGGCCAUAUUUCCUCCACCCAUUCAAGGUCUAUGCAAGUUGUUUGGAAAACUUCGUAUCAGCGUCAUGAAUGGAAUUCAUCAUUCGAUAAGUUCUUUUGCGUCUAGUCUUGUUAUUUUAGGUCUUAUAUUAUUCGUUUUUUGUUUUUCGUUUUUUAUUGCCUUUCAGAUAUACGCCGAGGGAAUACAUUUAGUUACCGUUGGAGCCGAAGUUAUUAACACAACGGUUGUCAACAAUCCAGAAUUUUUACAAAUGUUACCAGAGGGUUGGGGAGAUAAAAUGGAAUCCAUUAUAAACGAUGCUUACAUAUACGGGAGAGAAGGUAUAUCGAAUCAGGUGAGUUGUUAUAUCAUUUAA